CUCAUUCUCCGCUCUCGUAAUAUAUACUAUAGGCUUAAAUUUUCCGAGUUGGACUCGUCAUCAGUUUGGCGCCACAGAGAGUUAGCGUCCUCCAGGCUCCGAUCCAUGUCCGUAACGCGGCCGAGUCAACAACAACAACAACCCGGGGUUCAAAAGCGGAGAGUCGUCAUAGAAAACAGCCAUGGGGAGAAGCUUGUGGGGAUAUUACAUGAUACGGGUGGUUCAAAGGAGCUCGUUGUGUUCUGCCAUGGCAUACAUUCCUCAAAGGAACGCAUCCCAAUGGUGAACCUUGCUGCUGCGUUGGAAAUACAAGGAAUUAGUGCUUUCCGCUUUGACUUUGCUGGAAAUGGGGAAAGUGAAGGUUCAUUUCGAUUCGGUAACUAUCGCAGAGAAGCUGAUGAUUUACGUGCAGUAGUUCAACACUUUCUUGGGUGCCAUUAUGUAAUAACUGCAAUUGUUGGGCACAGUAAAGGGGGAAAUGCAGUGAUCUUGUAUGGUUCAAAGUACAGGGAUGUUCCUAUAGUUGUAAAUAUUUCUGGCCGGUUUAAUCUGGAAAGAGGUAUUGAAGGUCGCUUAGGUAAAGAUUAUCUACAAAGAAUCAAGCAAGAUGGAUUUAUUGAUGUGAAGAACAAAAGAGGCACAUUUCAGUAUCGAGUAACUCAAGAGAGUUUGUUGGAGCGGCUAACGAUUGAUAUGCGUGAAGUGUGCCAGUCAAUUGAUCAAAAUUGCAGGGUUUUGACAGUUCAUGGAUCAAUGGAUAAGAUGGUUCCUGUUGAAGAUGCUUACGAGUUCAAUAAGAGCAUACCUAAUCAUAAACUAUACAUAGUGGAAGGAGCUGAUCAUGAAUUCACUUCAUAUCAAAAUGAGUUGGCUUCAAUUGUGUUGGGUUUCAUUAAGAAAGAUUUUCACCAGGACAAGUUUAUGUUCAAGCAGUCACCACUUGGCACAAGAGCAGCAGAUAGAUCUGUUAAUUCACGAUUGUAAACUUUAACCAUCAUUAAAUGUAGAACUUCUUGGUACAAAGUCGUUGAACAAACAAAGUUUAGCCAUGGUGCGGUUGCGGAGUCACCUCUUGGCGCAAGAGCAGCAGAUAAAUCUCUUCAUUUCACGACUGUGAUCUCAAACCCAUCAUCAAACUUUUUUCCUGUGAAUGCUUGUAAUAUUACUCGACUCCUGUAGUUCUAAGGACAAUAAAUCUUGAUCAGACACAUUGACAAGGAAAAAUUAUAGGAACUCUGAUUGUGUCUUU